AUGAAAACUACAAAAAUCUUCGAAAAAUUCCCAAAAAAACGAUAUGAACUCACUCAAAACAAGUUGAAAUCCUCCAAACUAGUUCCACCGGCCGCAUGUCUUCCUCAUCAGAACAACACUGUCUUAUACGCGUAUUCUACUGAUAUCGACUUGAAUACAUAUAAUGUGGGUGCCGGUUAUAUGGUAUAUUUUGCUGCUAGGUAUACAACACUGGCAAAUGUUCGAUUCGAUACAAAAGUGGAAGAGGAGAUUGAGUAUCACACGGACAAAGGUAGUUUGAAUGCUUCAUUAUGGGUCCAUCAACCUGAUCAAUCUCUUGGAUAUGGAGACACAACAACCGGAAGUAACCUGUACACUGUGUUGAAGAAGUUUCUCAACAAUGGAAAGGUUUCAUUAUGCGGAGCCCUAGUGUUCAUUGCAGUAGAACGGUAUCCCGAUGAGUCGGAUGUAUCUGACAUUAUUUCCCAAUUACGUUCCAAUCAUGUGAUUGUGCACAUUGCUGUGGACAGUAUCCCAUCGGGCGGUUCCAAUUCUGCCUCACUAUAUGAAAUGUCAUAUCAAACCAAUGGAUACUGUCUGUUCGCCACCGGCGAUGAUCUUUGGAAAACUUUUUCCUGGAUGACCAAUAUACUUGCCUGGCCUUAUCAAUUCAUUGCUCAAAACUUUGUGGUUUCUGGAUUGGGCCGAAUCGAAAUACCGGCAUUCAACACUCCAGUGGGUAUUGAUGAUUAUUUGCGAUUUUCAAUAACUGUUCAAAACCACACACUCGACAAUUCAUUUGUAUCAAUGAAUUAUACAAUUGAAAGUACUGAUGGAUCUUUUGUUUACAAAUUUCCUAGUGACAACGCCGAACCUCUUUGUGGAAAUGCACAAUCAGAUGAUAUUUAUUUCAACGGACCCCCCUUAUACAAAUGGACAAUUGACUACCAUUAUAACACGAAUGCUCCACAAAUCAUUCAAUUAAGAGCGUACAGUGAAUAUUAUCACGACUUCCUUCCACUGCCACCUUCUGGAUAA